CUGCGACGCUAAGCUAGGGAGGUCGGAGUCGUCCGUUCUCAAAGUAUGUGUGUACGGCAAGAAAAGCAAAACACCACCGAUGACGGAACUUUGUGCUGCAUACGGUUGCGUAAAACGUCUUACAGUUACGACAAGGGAACAGGGAGUCCCUUUCACAUGAAAAAUAUAGGAUUUUUUUUUUUUUUUUGUAUAUUUAAGAACAUGUUUAUUGAUAGCAUACGCUUUGGCGUUGGAAAAAAUACAGUAAAUUUAAUGAAAACUGAAAAUAAGCAAGUGACGACUUAAUUUCCGUGUCCGUGCAUUACUUUCUAUGGGAAAGUCGACCUCCCCAGCACGACCUUUAUAUAGGCACGUCGUUUAGCCGGUCUGCUGUAUCUACAAACCUAUAUCUAUGAGCAAAAAAAAAAACGGAAUUCGAAAAGGGCUUCCGAGUGGGAAAUCGGAUUUCGGAGGGCGUUGCAUUUGAAACUUCCGACGAGGAACUCGGAUAUUCCAACUUUCGAGUACGCAGGAACGAAGGUGGGAUUUACUGUCUUACCAACACUACUCAACUGAUGAGAGGAGGUUGAGCUGGCUUCCGGACCAUCUGUCCCGAGACAACGAAACGAAGAUGAACAGGAAAAAGGAUAAAGGAUUUGAGAGUCCACGACCCUUUAAAUUGACCCACCAGGUUGUGUGCAUCAACAAUAUCAACUUCCAGAGGAAAUCUGUAAUUGGCUAUGUUGAGCUGACCAUACUCCCUACAGUAGCCAACCUUAACAGAAUCAAGUUGAACAGUAAACAGUGCCGUAUCUACAGGGUCCGAAUCAAUGAUCUUGAAGCUCCAUUCAUUUAUAAUGACCCUACUUUGGAAGUUUGCCACAGUGACUCCAAGCAAAGGAACCUGAACUAUUUUUCGAGUGCCUAUACUGCAGCGGUGAGUGCUGUGGACCCAGAUGCGGGACAUGGGGAGUUGGUCAUCAAGGUUCCUUCUGAACUCUGGAAACAAGGAGAUGAUUCACAUCUUUUAAAGGUAUACAUUGAAUUUUCCCUGGACCAGCCUAAAGGGGGUCUCCACUUUGUUAUCCAUGAUGUGGAAGGCAGUUUGGCAGAGAGAGGUGCUCACGUGUUCUCCUUCGGACACCACAACUCCACUCGGUUCUGGUUCCCUUGUGUGGACUCCUACUCAGAGCUGUGCACGUGGAAGCUAGAGUUCACCAUAGAUUCCGCCAUGGUUGCAGUGUCAUGUGGUGAUCUAGUAGAGACAAUCUACACGCAUGACAUGAGGAAGAAAACUUUCCACUAUGUCCUACCUAUCCCAACUGCGGCUCCCAACAUUUCCCUGGCUGUAGGGCCUUUUGAAAUUCUUGUAGACCCCUACAUGCAUGAGGUGACCCACUUUUGCCUGCCACAACUGCUGCCACUUCUCAAGCAUUCCAUGUCUUACCUGCAUGAGAUUUUUGAGUUCUAUGAAGAAAUUCUAACAUGCCGCUACCCAUACUCCUGCUUUAAGACGGUUUUUGUGGAUGAGUCCUAUGUUCAAGUGUCUUCCUAUGCUUCCAUGAGCAUCUUUAGCACCAACCUUCUUCAUAGCGCUAUGAUCAUCGACCAGACCCCUUUGACACGUCGUUGCCUUGCCCAGGCCUUGGCUCAGCAAUUUUUUGGUUGUUUCAUCUCCAGGAUGUCUUGGGCUGAUGAGUGGGUUUUGAAGGGAAUCUCAGGCUAUAUCUUUGGCCUUUAUCUGAAGAAGACGUUCGGAGUGAAUGAAUACCGGCACUGGAUCAAAAAGGAGCUGGACAAGAUUGUGGAAUAUGAACUGAAGAUGGGAGGCGUUCUUUUGCACCCAACAUUUAGUGGAGGCAAAGAAAAGGAUAACCAAACCCCUCACCUUCACUUCUCCUUGAAGCACCCACACACAUUGUCGUGGGAGUACUACAAAAUGUUCCAAUGUAAGGCUCAUUUGGUGAUGAGGCUGAUUGAAAACAGGAUUAGCAUGGAGUUCAUGUUGCAGGUUUUCAACAAACUAUUGAGUCUGGCCAGCACAGCCUCGUCACAGAGAUACCAGAGUCACAUGUGGAGCCAGAUGCUUCUUUCGACUCAUGCCUUCUUGAAAUCCAUCUCUAAUGUCUCCGGCAAAGAUAUUUCCCCUCUUAUCAAACAAUGGGUAGAUCAGAGUGCUGUAGUAAAGUUCUAUGGCAGCUUUGUAUUCAACAGAAAGAGGAAUGUUUUGGAGCUGGAGAUCCGCCAAGACUACACAUCCUCUGGAACUCAGAAAUAUGUUGGUCCCAUCAAGGUGACGGUGCAGGAACUAGAUGGAUCAUUCAACCAUACCUUGCAGAUAGAGGAGAGCAGCCUCAAACAUGAUAUUCCAUGUCACUCCAAGAGCCGAAGAAACAAGAAAAAGAAGAUUCCUCUGAUGAAUGGAGAGGAAGUGGACAUGGAUUUAUCAGCCAUGGAUGCUGACUCUCCUCUUCUCUGGAUACGGAUUGACCCAGACAUGUCAAUUUUGAGGAAGGUAGAAUUGGAGCAAGCCGACUUCAUGUGGCAAUACCAGCUGCGUUAUGAAAGGGAUGUGGUUGCGCAGGAGGAGGCGAUAUCUGCUCUUGAAACGUUCCCAACUCCUGCUUCCAGACUGGCUCUCACUGACAUCCUUGAACAAGAACAGUGUUUCUACGAAGUCCGCAUGCAGGCCUGCUUCUGUUUGGCGAAGAUAGCCAAUGCUAUGGUGAGCACAUGGCAGGGCCCGCCAGCGAUGAAGUCUCUGUUUACCAGAAUGUUCUGCUGUAAGAGCUGCCCCACUAUCGUAAAGACCAACAACUUCAUCAACUUCCAGAGCUAUUUCCUGCAAAAGACGAUGCCUGUUGCCAUGGCAUUACUCAGAGAUGUCCAGAACCUCUGUCCCAAAGAUGUCCUCAACUUCAUACUUGACCUUAUCAAGUACAACGACAACAGGAAGAACAAAUUCUCUGAUAAUUACUACCGUGCAGAUCUGCUUGAAGCACUGACCAACUCUUUGACCCCGGCCAUCAGCAUCAACAAUGAGACGCGCACAGUGGACAAUUUAAAUGCUGAUGUGCGUCUAAUCUUGGAGGAGAUAACCAGAUUUCUUAACAUGGAAAAACUAUUGCCAAGCUACAGAAGCACGAUUACUAUCAGUUGUCUUAAAGCCAUUCGCCAACUUCAAAAAAAUGGUCACAUCCCGAGUGAAGCAUCACUCUUCAGGUCAUAUGCAGAGUAUGGACACUUUGUUGAUGUUCGUGUUGCUGCAUUAGAGGCUCUGGUGGACUACACAAGAGUUGAAAAGAGUUCAGUUGAGCUACAGUGGCUUCUCAACCUGGUUCAGAAUGACCCAGCUCCUUAUGUCAGACAUAAGAUCCUAGCCAUGCUUUGUAAGAAUCCACCCUUCACCAAGACAACAGAAUCAACUAUAUGCAAUGAAGCUCUGGUGGACCAGCUUUGGAAGCUUAUGAACUCAGGUACCUCUCAUGAUUGGCGCCUGCGUUGUGAUGCUGUGAACCUCUACUACACAUUGUUUGGUUUGACUCGGCCUUCCUGCCUGCCCCUCCCUGAGCUUGGUCUUGUGUUGAACCUAAAGGAGAAGAAAGCUGUACUAAACCCCACCAUCAAGCCUGAAUUGAUGGUGGGUGCUGUUAUCGACACACCUGCCAGUAUAGGAAUCCAUGGCGUUGGCUUAAAUUACCCACCUGAGGAGGAAGAGCCUGAUCCCAUUUCACUGGGGGUGUGUGGGGUAGGACAGCCUCCUCAGGGCAUCAAGAGAAAGUCCGAGACUCAGUUGGGCUCCCCUCCAGAGCUCGGACAAGCAGUACAGCAUCAAGAUGAUGAUGGUCGAGUCGGGCGCUACAAGAUCAGAUUUAACAUGGAAGAUGAAGAUAUUGACAUGGAGACUGUUCACGAUAGUCAGGCCUUCAUUCACCAUCACCUCAAUCUGCUGGAGAGACCCUCUACACCAGGUAAAGAGCCGGCAUUCAUCGAACAGUCAACGCUCUCCAUGCCAGCCACGCCUUUACCGUCCUUAUCCAAAGACACCCUGUCCUUGCCUUUGAAACACAGAGGUGAGCAUGGUCACCACCACCACGAGCACAAGAAGAAGAAGAAGAAGAAGCACAAGCAUAAACACAAGCACAAGCAUGAAAACAAGGACAGAGAGAGGGGUAACUGGCAUCCCUACAGCAAUAGCCCAGUCAGUGGCAAGUCCCUUCACUCACCAUCGCUAUCUGAAUAAAAUGUUUUCAUGAAAGCUAUUUACCCAUCACAGUGUCAGAUUUUGAUGUCAAUUGGGGAGAUGCAGUAGACAAAUCACUUCAUCACUUUCAGGUGAAUCAUUUCUGUGAGCAAACAUUUUGUUUCCUGUUCUCCUUGGUAAAAUUCUUUUGGUGGGGCAUGGUGUUUCACAACAUCUCUUAUUUAACUAGAUAGAAAAGUGAACUUUACCUUGCGAAUGUUUUAGGCAAUGUUAUGAAAAGAACAUUUGGAAUUUAAAAUUGAGAUAGCCAAGAGUGAAUGUUGAUAUCCAAAAUGUCUACCUGUUCUGAAUAAAAAUGGCCUAAUCUUCCAAUGUCAAUUCAUCCUGUGAAACCUUCUACUCAAUUUUUAAUGAACGUGUAGUCAUUGCAAGGUCCUUUUUGUAAUAAAUAGUUGU